AUGCCCAACAAGAAGAAGGCGGCUCCGAAGGCAUCCAAGGUCCCGGGCAAACAGCAGAAUGUGCCCUCAGGUGGCGCGACGAGCUCCAAGUCAGCUUCAGCCGGGCCCAAGAAGAAGCAACAGAAGAAGGAACCAAACUCCAAGCCACCUAUACCGCCCCCUCCGCAGAUCCAGAAGCCACGGCAUCCGCCAAAACAAACCCAGGUAAAGGUCGUCAAGUCUGGAAGCACCAAGGCGCCAGACAAAACGGAGACUACCAAUGAAAACAAGGCGACGAACAAGAGCAAAGCUCGGGUAAAGAUCAACCCUAUUCCUCAGGUUGUGUCUCCAGUCACACCUGGAUGCUCAAAGGUACCCCGGUUGUUGGAGCCCUCGCAGUCAGUCAGAUGCGCAGAGAACAUAGUCCUGCUGGAAAUGCUUACGCCGCUGCCUGGGACCGAGCGACAACAUCUAGAGCAACCGCCUUACCAGUUGCAUGAAUCAACUUGUCGGAGAACGCUUACUUUCGACCAAGAAAGCAAGCUAGUGACAACGCUGGCUUUCUUGUCCGGCAUCUCGGAUGAUCAGGAGCACGUCACGGCUGAUGGCUUUGAGAAAAUCUUUGGUGAACUGCGCAGUGCUCUGCCUGCGGCUAGCGAACGUGGAGCGGCGACAACUCAAGAGGUCGUCUUCAAUCAGAUCAUCGCGCUACACCGGGAACGCAUUCUCAAACGCUUAGGGUCGAGAAUGGCCAGAUUCUCGGGGGGAAAAGCCCUGAAGCGGUUCAUUGGUCUUCAUUUCAGAGACUUCAUCGAAACAUCCUGGCAGGCCAAAGCGAGGAAACGCAACUUCAAUAUGUCACCAGUUCAACUUGAAGACUACAAGACUCGGUCAGAGCGACUGCUGGUACACCUGGACAGUUUCGACGCCUUGGAAACCCCGAAGCACGCGGAUCUCAAAGAACUAGUUCGGCAUGUUGCUACGUUUCUGAGACGAGUGCCUCUUGAAAGGCUUUUGGGCCGUCUCAAUGAUCAGGAUAUGAAUGCAAACGCAAAGAAGAGGCUCCUUAGCUGCUUCGCUAAGACGGCCAGAGUCCAGGAGAGUGCUAAAUUCCUCUGCAAAGAAGCAAUGAAUACGCAAGCGCUACGGCAUAUUACUGUCGAGAAGCAAGAGGGCAUUAUCUCAGAGUACAGUCUCCCGCCGUGGGUACAAAAAGGAAUCUCCAAAGCCCAACCUUUCACAACUCGAGUCAACACAACGCUACUCGGGUCCAAAGUCCAUGCAGAAAUCCAAAUACUCGCCCACUAUGAAAAUGUCGGCCCAGCCAUUGUCCCUGCGAGAAUAAUAGCCUCCUCCAAAAAGCCUUGUUACCUCUGCGAUACCCUCAUCGGCCUCCACGGCAGAUUCGCGGCUCCAAGGAGUCAUGGGCGAUUAUAUCCCAAAUGGCGGCUCCCUACCAUCACAGACUUUCUGCCGCUGCAGGAUAAGCUCAACAGGCAUCUAGAGCAAAAGAUCACCGCGACCAUCCAAAGAUUGGCGCAGAUUGGGAAGAAGCCGACCAUCAUGCUCCCAAACGAAAGUUCCAUAUUCUCCUUGAAUCUCUCUGCAUCUGCUCUUACGACACUGUCAAAUCGAUCCUGCCUCAAUCUCGUUUCUCAGGCCCUUGAUGAGCAUGGACCUCAGCAGUCUGCAGCGCAGAUUGCUGAGAAUGUGACGGAUGACCCCGCUUUCAUUAUUCACCCAAACCAGGAGAUAGACGAGAUGGGGGUUCAAGACAGUGGUGAGAUCUGGGAGACAGAUGAGACCUCCGGCAGCUCUCAAAUGAGAAAUGACGGGAUCCCGACAUUGGCAAUGGAUAGAAAUAUUGUCGAAGGCGGAGUCCUAGACGAAGCAAAACAUGGAGACAAGACCAUACCAUUUUCACACAGCAAAAUUACUGGAGCAGUCAGCUCAACCAGUCUUAGAAGCAGCAUGUCAGCAAAAGCUGCUUCCGACUCCGAAGACGAGAAUGAUGAUCACCACGGGCAAGGCCAUGAGUCUCGCACACGGAUCAAGCUGCACCGUCCGCCUCCUUUCGAGCCUGUAAUGGGACGAAAAGAUUGGUUUCGCUCCGCAGGCCUGGACAUUUUCAUAGACGAUUCCGGACUGCCGUUCACGCCCAGGUGGCUCAAUUCCAAAGAGGCCGCGGCAGAACUACGGCGCCAUUCGGAGUUGGUUGACGUGAAGUCGUUGGACACUCAUAAAGAUGCUCUCUGCUCGUGGAAAGACGCAGACGGGAAGGCGUGUUUUGCUUUUGGUAACCAGGUCGUUGUGAUCGACGCGCACAAAGCUUGA